AUGUUCCGUAAAGCCACAUGGAAAUUAGUUCGAGGAUUGUCAGCCACACUAACCAUUUGUGUUGGCGGGGCUUCCAUAUACUUUCUUCAUCGAAACGAUUAUGAUUUCUCCUCAAUUGGUCUUGUGCGGUUUGCAAGGGCUGGAAUUGCGGUGUCAAAAAUCGUUGUGGACUACAAAUGGACAAUGUGGAAGUACAGAGGGGAUGCUGAAUCAUACCAGAUUGGAAUGAAGGCUGCACAUAAAAGAAGUGCAGUAAGACUACUGGAGUUGGCAAAGGCCAACGGAGGAGUUUUUAUCAAAGUCGGACAACAUUUGGCUGCGUCUGAAUAUCUGCUGCCUGAAGAGUAUAUUAACGAAUUAAGUAUUCUGCAUUCAAGAGCACCCGAGAGCAGUUUACAAGAAAUUCAGAGGGUUUUCGAAGAAGAAUUUAAAAUGAAGAUCGAGGAUGUUUUUUCCGAAUUUAAUACCCAACCAAUUGGUGCAGCAUCUUUAGCCCAGGUUUAUAAGGCGAAACUAAAAAAUACCAAUGAGAUAGUUGCUGUGAAAAUCCAGCAUCCUCGAGUCAAACCUCACAGCAUGGUUGAUAUGGCAUCAAUGGAAGUUUUGGUAAGAAUUGUUGCCAAACUGUUUCCGGACUUUCAUCUUUUUUGGCUUGUUGAGGAAGUGAAGCAUCAUUUGCCUUUAGAAUUAGAUUUCCUUAACGAAGCGACUAACGCUGAUACAAUACGCGAGAUGUACUCAAAUCUUAGUUUUUUAAAGAUUCCAAAAAUUUAUUAUCGAUACACCUCCGAUCGUGUGUUAACAAUGGAGUUUUGCGAAGGAGCUCAAAUCAAUGACGUUGAUUACUUUAUAAAGAACAACAUUAACCGCUAUGAUGCUUGUAGGAAGUUAGGAGUACUUUAUAGUGAGAUGAUUUUUGUGAAGGGUGUGGUCCAUUGUGAUCCUCAUCCGGGAAACGUGCUAAUCCACAAAGAGCCUGACGGGAAUUUCAAAAUUAUUCUUUUAGAUCAUGGACAAUAUUUAAAUCUUCCGGAUGACUUUCGCAUAAAAUAUUCAAAGUUGUGGCUCGCCAUACUUAAACCAGAUCAGGACGCCAUAAAGGUAUAUGCGACAGAAAUGGGCGUUGGAGAUCUUUUUGGCCUUUUUGCUUGCAUGGUGACAAGAAGGACGUGGAAAGCAGUUGUUAAAGGAGUGAAUAGAUCUACUCUUGGAGAGGAUGAGAGGACAGAAAUCAAAGCCUACGCUGCUUCUCUGAUAACUCAGAUCUCAGACGUGCUUCAGAGGAUGCCGCGUCCGCUGCUUAUGAUUCUAAAAACUAAUGAUCUUCUUAGAAGUAUUGAGUAUCGACUGGGGACGCAUAAUAGAGCCGACGCUUUCAUUCAGAUGAGCCGUUGCUGUGUACGCUCUGUUUACGAGCAAGCGCUCAGAGAGCAGAAAAAUUUAAUUUCUCGUUUCUUUCUGCGGCUAUAUAUGUAUAUAGUCCUUAUAAAGAUCUGUUUUUAUGAAAAAUUCCAGAUGGUUAUUCAUCGUCAUUAUGCUGAACCCUUAGUCAUCUGA